GUUCCUUUUUUGGUUUAUUUCAGAUCAAUUAAAAAAUGUCAGCCGACGUGAGAGCUGGUCGACCUACAGUGCCAACAAUUCCUCAAUCCAAGAGGCCUACUAUUUUAGUCUAUCCGACAGUUACACCAGAAAGUAUAAUAAUCCCUAUUGUAUCCUGUAUACUUGGGUUUCCUUUACUGGCCCUAAUGGUAAUCUGCUGCCUAAGAAGAAGAGCCAAAUUGGCAAGAGAACGAGCAAGAAGAAGAAAUUGUGAUUUGGACCAUGGUGCACUUAGCUUAGUUCGUUUUAGUCCUGUUCAUCGUUUAGCUGGAGUUGAUCGUCCAACGAGAACCGUGUCAUUGAAAAGUGAUCGAGGAUCAAGAGCAUUUCCAUCCUUAGAAUUGGAUACCGUAGUCGAGGAACGAUCUGAUCCUGAACAAAGCACUGCAUUGGAAUUGAGUAGUCCUGACUAGCAUACAAUAUUGGCACCACCGAGAUCUCCUAGAUCAUCCAAAUCUUUAGCGGUGCCUGUAGAUCAUAGCCCAUUGUGGACAGCUUUGACUCAAGCCAAUACGGUAUCCUCAAACUUUGGGGAUACCUAGCAGGAAAUUGAAGACGAGGGAAGUUACAUCCAAGCUCUCGUCCUUGAUCUGCCAAUUAUUUAUUAAACUACGCUUAUAUCCACGAUGGGAGACAUUUUUCUCAAAAAUAUUCAACUAGAACAUUUCAACGAGACACUUUUUCAUAAUUGGAAGUGUAUUUUAAAUUGUAGAAUAGUAAUAAUAAUAAUAAAAAUGAAAAGAAAAA